AAGACACAUUUGAGAGUCCAUUCUGGUGAGAAACCUUAUUCGUGCGAACAUUGUUCUAAGUUAUUUACUCAGGCUGGAAAAGUAAAGCAACACAUGAGACUUCACGCUGACGAGAAGCCGUAUUCGUGUGAAGUUUGUUCAAAGGCAUUUUUUACGAGUUCACACCUAAAGACACAUUUUAUAGUCCACACUGGUGAGAAACCUUAUUCAUGUGAACAUUGCUCUAAGGCAUUUACUCUGUCUGGAAAAUUAAAGCAACAUAUGAGAAUUCACACUGACGAGAAGCCUUAUUCGUGUGAGGUUUGUUCAAAAGCAUUUUCUUCGAGUUCGAACUUUAAGAGACAUUUAAGAGUCCAUACUGGUGAGAAACCUUAUUCGUGCGAGCAUUGUUCAAAGUUAUUUACUCAGUCUGGAAAAUUAAAGCAGCACAUGAGAGUUCACGCUGACAAGAAGCCUAAUUCGCUAUGUUCGAAGGCCUUUUCUACGAGUUCAUACUUAAAGACACAUUUGAUUGUACAUACUAGUGAGAAACCUUAUUUGUGUGAAGUAUGUUCGAAGGCCUUUUCUACGAGUUCAUACUUAAAGACACAUUUGAUUGUACAUACUAGUGAGAAACCUUAUUCGUGUGAACAUUGUUCUAAGGCAUUCACUUGGUCUGGAAAAUUAAAGCAACACAUGAGAGUUCACUCUGACGAGAAGCCUUUCUCGUGUGAAGUUUGUUCAAAGGCGUUUUCUACGAGUUCCUGCUUAAAGACACAUUUGAGAAUCCAUUCUGGUGAAAAACCUUAUUCGUUCUCUGGUAAAAAACCUUAUUUGCUGAAUCUGGAAAAUUUAAGCUAA